UCUGUGUAUUUGUCUGUCUAUCAACUUCGGCCGCUCAUCUCGAUGUCGUUUCAGACUACUCAGCCGAGGGCUUCAUUGCAACUUACAGACGCUUCACCUCAAGGUGGGGUGUCCCGUCAGACCUCUACGCUGAUUGUGGCACCAACUUCUUGGGCGCUGAAGUUAAGCUCAUGCAAUGUUUCUCAGAAAGCUCUUCAGGACAUCGGCAGUUCUCUUCUGUGCUAGCUCAGGACAAAACACAGUGGCAUUUCAACCCGCCUGCAGCUCCCCACAUGGGUGGGAAAUGGGAAGCAGUAGUCAAGUCUCUGAAGUUUCAUCUCAGAAGAUCUGUCGGAGACACACUGCUCACGUAUGAGGAGACUUCCACACUCCUCGCUCAAAUUGAAGCCAUUCUCAAUUCCAGACCACUCGAACCGUUAAGCGAUGAUCCAGAAGACACCUCAGUGCUCACACCAGGGCACUUUCUCAUCGGAACGGCACUCAACGCUGUUCCUGAAGGCUCACUAUUAGACAUCUCAGCAAGUCGGCUCUCCAGAUGGGAGUUCAUCCAGCAACGAGUUCAACAUUUCUGGCGUAUGUGGUCAACUCAGUAUUUACAACAAUUACAAGCCAUCUCGAAGUGGCAUCACGCUCACAACCAGAUUAAGGUAGGUUCACUCGUUCUCCUUACUGAUGAGCGUUUGCCUCCAGGAAAAUGGCCCAUGGCUAGGGUGCUCAAAUUGCUGCCAGGGGAGGAUGGACUCACCAGGGUGGUAUCGCUGAAGACGGCUACCACAACACUCACCAGGCCGAUCACCAAGCUUGCAGUCCUCCCAGUAGCCCCUCAGAAGACAGCAUGAGUCAUCAUCAACUUCGUUGCUGAUGGCGGGCGGAAAUGUUUGGGAUUUAAUCUGCCCAAUGAGAACUCGCGACAGUUGUCGCUCAAUGCAGACUCGCCAUAACUCAUCUCGGCGGUUGAAGAAGCACCGUGACGCCGGCUUCUCAGUCAGUCAUCUCUUUGUCAUCGCAUAUACAACACGUGUCUUCUCAUAUUGUUCUCUACAACUUGUUCCAACCGCACGUGUCUUCUCAACUUUGCAUACGUCUUCUCAAAAAGUACAAGUUCGGUGGGAUUAAUAUAAUCUUCAUCGUCCGGAUCUUAACUGAUUAAUAUAAUCAGGCCGUCUCUAGUCUACUCAUUGUGAUAUUCUCUGUGUAAAGCUCGGAACGUGGUUCGCUCAACGGCUUCUCAUUUUGAAUCUCAACCGACACGCGGUGUACACGUACGAAU